UGCACAUCAACCGGCAGACAUCUUGAAUCUGUGUCCACACACUCUUCUCGUCACUCGCAACAGUACCACGCUCCGAGACGAACGACAUUUUCCGCUAGAGAUUCCUUCAUUUUUGGACCGAAUGUCAUAAGGACUGCCGAUCCAGAAAAAAACAGUAGAGUGUGACAACGAGAGCAAAUUGAAAUGUUUUCUUCGGUGAAAACGUUGAUGACCGUCGCGGCCCGGGCCGAGCAGGUUCUAGCCCGUGGAUAUGCAGCGAAGACUGCAGCUAAGGCAGCUGCCGCUGCUCAAGGAAAGGUGGUGGCCGUUAUCGGUGCCGUCGUGGAUGUGCAGUUCGAUGACAAUCUGCCACCAAUUUUGAACGCCCUGGAGGUCCAGGGACGUAGUUCUCGACUAGUGCUAGAGGUUGCGCAACAUCUGGGUGAAAGCACGGUCCGUACCAUUGCUAUGGAUGGUACCGAGGGUCUGGUGCGUGGACAACGGGUGUUGGAUACUGGAUCUCCAAUUAGGAUCCCGGUCGGUGCUGAGACUCUGGGUCGCAUUAUCAACGUCAUCGGAGAACCAAUCGAUGAGCGUGGUCCGAUCGAAACCAACCUGUCUGCCCCGAUUCACGCCGAAGCGCCCGAAUUCAUUGAGAUGAGUGUCGAACAGGAGAUUCUGGUUACCGGAAUCAAGGUCGUCGAUUUGCUUGCCCCGUACGCCAAGGGUGGCAAAAUUGGUCUUUUCGGUGGCGCCGGUGUUGGCAAAACCGUAUUGAUUAUGGAGCUGAUUAACAACGUCGCCAAGGCUCAUGGUGGUUACUCUGUGUUUGCCGGUGUCGGAGAGCGAACUCGUGAGGGAAACGAUCUGUACAAUGAAAUGAUUGAGGGCGGUGUCAUCUCGCUGAAGGACAAGACUUCCAAGGUCGCCCUGGUGUACGGUCAAAUGAACGAACCCCCCGGCGCCCGUGCUCGUGUUGCUCUGACUGGACUGUCCGUUGCUGAGUAUUUCCGCGAUCAGGAAGGACAGGAUGUGCUGCUCUUCAUUGACAACAUUUUCCGCUUCACUCAGGCUGGUUCGGAGGUAUCCGCCCUGCUCGGUCGUAUUCCAUCGGCUGUCGGUUACCAACCAACUCUUGCCACUGACAUGGGUAGCAUGCAGGAGCGUAUUACCACCACCAAGAAGGGAUCCAUCACCUCGGUCCAGGCUAUCUACGUGCCGGCUGACGAUUUGACUGAUCCCGCCCCGGCUACCACCUUCGCCCAUUUGGACGCCACCACUGUAUUGUCGCGUGCCAUUGCCGAGCUGGGAAUUUACCCCGCGGUGGAUCCUCUUGAUUCCACCUCCCGUAUUAUGGACCCGAACAUUAUCGGUGCCGAACACUACAACAUUGCUCGUGGUGUGCAGAAAAUUUUGCAGGAUUACAAAUCCCUCCAGGAUAUCAUCGCUAUCCUUGGUAUGGAUGAAUUGUCUGAGGAGGACAAGUUGACUGUUGCUCGUGCUCGUAAGAUCCAGCGUUUCCUGUCGCAGCCUUUCCAGGUUGCUGAAGUUUUCACCGGUCACGCCGGCAAGCUGGUCCCACUGGAGGAAACCAUCAAGGGAUUUACCAAGAUCCUGAACGGUGAGCUGGAUCAUCUGCCAGAGGUCGCCUUCUAUAUGGUUGGUCCCAUCGAAGAGGUCGUAGAAAAGGCCGAGCGUUUGGCCAAGGAAGCCGCCUAAGGUAGUAAUGCUGACCGGGCAUAUUAGAAACAGUAACUAGCCGUCAGUAGAAGGGAGAGCACAGGAAAUUUGAAUGGGGCUUCGAAGGGGAUUCUGAAAUCCUCCCACUUUGUUCGGAGUUUUCUUCCAGCUUCAUUCUUUCUCUCGUCAUGAUAAUUCCAAACGAAAUUAUUCUUUUCAAAAUGUCCUAGAUUGUUCAUGGAGCGUUCGAAUAAUGGAAAGUGAUGGCCAUAAGUAGCAACAAUAUGAUAAAAAUACAGAUUUAUAGCAUUGAUCGUGAAAAA